ACAUAUUAUUUGAUGCAGUGAACUGGUUUAGCGCCCAACACUAGUGCCCUCAAAGAGCGUGAAAUUGGUUGUCAUAUUUUGGUGCCUCGGCUUCGUUUGCUUCUUUGCUACAUGCCGUAUAAGUUUUUCUGAAAAGAAGUGAACAAUUAUUAACCAAGACAAGCCAUGCUCGUCAGUCUCUCCCGUCGCCUACUGAACCCCACGAACCACUUGGUUUCCUGGUCCACCAAAAGCUUCAACUCAUGGGCAUUAGCUAUCAGAAAUGCUUCUUCUCCACAGAAAGCCUUGUACCUAUACUCGAGAAUGCAUCAGUUAUCUCUCCCAUUUGAUAGCUUUUCGCUUCAUUUCACAAUAAAAGCUUGUGCCCAGUUGCAGAGCCGGAUCAUUAUUCAACACUUCCAUGCCCAUAUUAUCAAGGUAGGCUUCUGUUGCCACGUCUACGUAGCCACGUCUAUGCUUCAGGCGUACGUUGUCACGUCGUUUGAGAGUGCCUGCUUGCUAUUUGAUGAAAUUCCGGAAAGAAAUACAGUCACGUGGAAUACGAUGAUUUCCGGGUAUUCGAGGACAGGGGAUGUGGAGAGAGCGCGUGCAGUUUUUGAUGAAAUGCCACUGAGGGAUGUCGUAUCGUGGUCUGCCAUGAUAGCUGCGUACGUGAAUAGCGGAAAUCCUGACCGUGGGUUAGCACUCUUUAGAGAUAUGAUGGCGUGUGAGACUUUAAAACCUGACCAAGUCACUGUGGGAUCAGUUCUAUCGGGGUGUGCCCACAUGGGUUCUCUAGGAGUUUUGGUGGGGAAAUCAGUCCAUGGGUUUAUCACGAAGAAUGGGUGGGAGUUAAAUGUGGAACUUGGUACAGUUUUGGUUGACAUGUAUACCAAAUGCGGCUACAUGAAGAAUGCAAGCCAGGUCUUUGAACUGAUGCCAGAAAGGAAUGUCGUGACUUGGACUGCAUUGAUUUGUGGGUCGGCACAAAAUGGCUUCAGCAAAGAGGCAUUGACUUUGUUUGAGAUGAUGCGAACAGCUGGUGUAAGACCCAACGAAUUGACUCUAACUGGGAUUCUUAGUGCAUGUAUGCAUACAGGAUUAGUCGAGGAGGGCCGUAAAUAUUUCAAGAUGAUUGAAGAAUGUGGCUUGGAGCCAAGAAUCCAACAUUAUGGGUGCAUGGUUGAUAUGCUAGGUAAGGCGGGACUGUUAGAGGAGGCUUAUGAGGUUAUUAGGACAAUGAGAUGGGAACCCAAUGCUGUUGUCUGGGGUUCAUUCUUGUCAGCUUGUAGGGAGCAUAAGCACUUUGAGAUGGCUGAGAAAGUAAUUGAUCAAGUGUUGAGGAUGGUAAAACCAGAGAAUGAUGGAGGGGUUUAUUCCCUUAUUUCUGAUUUGUAUGUUUUGGGUGAGAAGUGGGAUGAAGCAGAAAGGUUGAGGAAAUUAAUGGCUGAAGAAAAUGUGAGGAAGGCUAGAGGCUCUAGUUUCAUCAGAAGCCGAUAACUCUAUUGAUGGGAAACUCUACUAUUUCCUCUGUUGUUGGCAAACUCUAUUGAAUUGGUGCGACUAUUAACAACUUAGGAACCAUUCGAGCAUUAUCAUCAUCAUAAGUUCCUUUAAAUACAUUAGUUGAUGUUUUAGAUGAAGUGGUGCAAUAAGUCUAAGUAGAAAGAAUAUAAGUUUUGGUGGCUUAUACUCGGACAUCCUAGGUUUGAGUUAGGAGUUUUCCCAGAUUAUAGACGAUUUUGAUAGGCUAGUGUUGGGAAUACUCCUAGCUACAAUCCGAAAGGUUUACUUUGAUGAGGUUUAGGUCAUGAAAAAAGGUUACUUAUACUCUAGCAAUGAUCAAAGGCUCUGAAAUGCUACAUUUUGGUGUGUGACACAAGGCAAAUUGUCAUUGUUUCCAAGUCUCAUCCCAAAGCUAACAGGAUGAUAUGGA